AUGGCCACCCUGGCGGUAGCCCACAAGCCCAGCUCCCUCCUGGGGCCACCUGUGGCUCCAGGCUCCCAGCCACAGCUCCUGCCCGGAGUGGGGCUGGACUCCCCCACGCAGGAGGACCCCGCGGCGCUGGAGGAAGUCUUUGAGAAAGCGAUCCUGGAGUCCGGGAGACUUCUCAAAGACAAUAAGUUCCGUAUCCGGAGGAUCCACUCGCUGCCGGUAAGGCUCCUGGAGGCCAGCCCCGUCCUGAAGAACAUCUCCCACUUCGACACCCCCGAGAAGGAAAACGUCUCUGAGGGCGAGAGCCCCAUCAUACUGCGCCGGUGCUCCUUGACCUCCUCCAUGUCUGAGGAGGAAGAUGACGGCUUCAUGGAGAUCCUGGAUGAGGAGGAGAUGAAGAGCGAUGCCGACGUGCCGCAGGGGAUGGAGAACCUGCUGACCGCGCCGCUGGUGAGGAAGGAGGAGGCAGAGCCGGUACGUGGGAGCCUCGGGCGCGGCAAGUGCCGGCAGCUCUUCCGCUCGCCCUCGAUGCCCAGCAGCGUCAUCAGGCCCAUCCUGAAGCGGAUAGACCGGCCCCAGGACAGGGACACCCCCGUCAAAACCAAGCGGCGGAGGAGCGUGGCCGGUACCCCUGGCGAGGAGGCGGCGGUGGCGGAGCCGAAAGCGCGGCUGCUGCGCUCCAGGUCCUUCUGCCAAGAGGAGAUCGAGAACCUGCUGGCCAACGACCACCGGGAGCUCAUCGGGGACUUCUCCAAGGCUUAUCUCCUGCAGACAGUGGAGGGGAAGCACCAGGACCUGAAGUACAUUUCCCCCGAAAUGAUGGUGGCGGUGCUGACGGGGCAGUUCAGCAGCCUCAUCGAGAGCUGCGUGAUCGUGGACUGCAGGUACCCCUACGAGUACGAGGGAGGCCACAUCAAGCUCCCCGACGAUCCCAUCUCGCUGCAAGACGCCCCGGGGGGGCUUUUCCAGUUGCCCCCCGGUGACCCCUUCCCCGAACGGGUGACGGUGGCUUGGUUAUCGGUGUUUGCCCUCGCCUUCGCUUUGGUUUGCGAUCCCCAAGAGAAUCUAUCCUUGGCCGAAAUCACCCUUCGCCGCCUGGCCCCACGUCUCCUCGUCUCCCUGCGCCUCCUCGGCCCCGGCGCCGACGUCCUGCUCCGACCCGAGACCGCCGACGUCCUCCUCGACCGACUCCUGCCCCACGGCCAGAUGCUUUUCCUCAACGAACGGUUCCUCCAGGCCGUGGACCGGGAGGUGGGCGGCAAAGCAUCCCGCUGA